AUGACAUUAAAAGUGUUGAUUCUAAAGUGGUCUCGACCUGACAGUUGUACAUCUUCUUCCCGUGAUUCAUCGGCAUAUUUCGAAUUUAUUUCUGGUAUCAGCAACAACUUUGAUCAAACCACGAUAAUCGUCGAUCACGUCAGCAAUGCUACAAUCAACUUUCUGCAAUCUUUGACUAACAGCAUUGAAUCUGGGUGGCACUUUACGAAAUCUAAGUGUUCUGGUCACACCUAUAUACAUAUAUUCACAGAAAUACUUAACUCGCACACAAACCGAGUUUGCUAUUCACCACAGAAUCGAUUGGUCCCUUGGAGUCAGCAUUCAGUAGUGAAUUCGGCGCCAAAUGUUGAGUCAACCGGAUCUAUAGCUGCUGCGCGUUCAAAAAGUCAAAACUUAGGUUUAAUUUGUGUAGUUUGUGGAGAUACCAGCUCUGGGAAACACUAUGGAAUUUUAGCUUGCAAUGGCUGCUCGGGAUUUUUCAAACGAAGUGUUCGGCGAAAACUCAUUUACAGGUGUCAAGCCGGAACGGGUCGAUGUAUUGUGGACAAAGCACAUAGAAAUCAGUGUCAAGCUUGCCGCCUUAAGAAGUGCCUUCAAAUGGGGAUGAAUAAAGAUGCAGUGCAAAAUGAGCGCCAGCCGCGAAACACAGCCACUAUACGUCCUGAGACGCUGCGGGAGAUGGAACACGGGCGAGCUUUGCGGGAAGCUGCCGUGGCCGUUGGAGUGUUUGGACCACCAGUUCUAUUAUCUCCUUCUUGCUAUGGUCCUGGCCUACUACCACCUCCUUCUUUAUCGAAUCUUCCAACAAAUCGGCGAUUACAUCACAAUCACAUUUCAAAGGCCUUACAGCUUUCUUCAAAUGUAUCACAGGCAGGCGGUUUCUCUGUAUUUAACAACAAUCUACAAUUUUCAAAAGAUAAUUCUUAUACGACCUCAAUGGAUCUUUCCAAUGGAACAGUCUCUGUGUCUACAAACUCAAGUAGUACAAAUUCAAUAGAUCCGAGUUCCCCAAUAUCUGAUACAGUUUUAGAUAAAAAUCCUGUAGGAGGAAGUGUUUCGUCCAUAAGUUCGACCAGUUCUGUUCAUGAUAAUGAUAAUGACGAUGACUCCAUCGAUGUUACCAAUGAUGAAGAGCCUCUGCGAAGCGAGAAACUAGAUUGUCAUUUCACGAUACCGACAUUUGUACCACAAAACUUGUAUGUUCAGCCACAUGAGACAGUUUAUGAAACCAGUGCUCGCCUCCUCUUUAUGGCCGUAAAGUGGGCAAAAAAUUUACCAAGUUUUGCGAGUCUGUCCUUUCGAGAUCAGGUCAUUCUCUUAGAAGAAUCAUGGUCGGAUCUUUUUCUACUCAACGCCAUUCAAUGGUGCAUUCCUUUAGACCCUACUGGAUGCACUUUAUUCUCAGUUUCAGAACACUGCAAUAAUUAUGACACCACACAAGAAAGUGAGAAUUGCGUUACUAAAGAAGAAGUAGCCGCCAGUGUACGGACAUUACAUGAAAUUUUCUACAAAUACAAGGCAGUUCUAGUUGAUCCAGCAGAAUUUGCAUGCAUGAAAGCAAUAGUUUUAUUUCGGCCCGAAACCCGGGGACUCAAAGACCCCGCGCAAAUAGAAAACCUUCAAGACCAAGCUCAUGUCAUGUUAUCUCAACACACAAAAUCACAGUUUCUUACGCAGAUCGCACGAUUUGGUCGUCUACUCCUGAUGCUGCCUCUUUUACGAACUGUGAAUUCUCAUAAAAUCGAACUAAUAUAUUUUCAACGUACAAUUGGAAAUACGCCAAUGGAAAAAGUGCUCUGCGAUAUGUAUAAGAACUGAA